AAAAUGACUCAGAAAUGAAAUCACAAUGUGAUUUAAUUACUGUGAGCUAAUUAUUUGAAUACUUUAGUAAUUGAGGUAUUAAAUUUAAUUGAAAUGAGACGAAGUAGAUAACACUUAAGAAAAAGUGAAAGAAUCUUUUAACUUGGAUUGUGCCAUGAAAAUCAAAAGAGUAAAAGUCAAAAUAUGAAAACAUUUACAACUGAAAAACUAUUUGAGCGAAAAAAAGAAAUUCCUAAAAGGAUUAAACUUUAAGAAAAGGGAUAAGAGAUAAAGUAAAAUGAGAAAGAUUUAAAACAAACUAUGAAAGGAAUGAAUAAUAAAGUGUAAAAGCUUCGUUAUUCUAAAAAAUUAGCUAUUGAUGAAGAUUAUUUAAGCAGUAGAAAUAAGCAUAAAUAAGAAUUGUAAUUAUAGAAGAAGAAAAUACUGAUAAAAUUAUAAGAAAAUUAAGAUGCAAAAUAAGAUGGGCAAUUAAAAAAAUAAGAAGAAUAGAAAGAAUAGGAAGAGUCGAAAGAAUAUAAAGAAUAGGAAGAAUAGAAAGAAUAAAAGGAAUAUAAAGAAUAAAGGGAAUAUAAGGAAUAUAAAGAAGUGAAUUAGAAUUAAGAAUAAUAAGAUUUUAUUCUUGAUAUGAUUGCUUUAGAAAAUAGAUUUGAAUUGCGAAAUGAAUUUGAAUGGAAGAAUCAUGAAUUUUGGAAUGAAUUAGAUAAUGGAAAUAAUAAUUUAUUUAAAAUGUAACAUGAAGAAUCUUAUGAAUAGGAUUCAAUAUUUUGUUAUAGUUUCUUUUCUAAUGAUAAUUAUAAAUUAGAAAAUUAUACAAACUAGAAAAAGAAGAUUGGAGAUAAAAAUUAGAAAUUAAUAUAAAAAAUAGAGAAAUUAGAAGAAUAAUAUUCAUAAAAUUAUGAUUCAAAUAAAGUAAAAUUAGAAGAUAAUAAUUAAAGUCAAAAAGAAAAUGAAAAUAUUUAAAGAAAUUAAUAAAUUAAUUAAAACAUAGCUGAUAAAUAAUAAAAAUUAGAAGAUAAUUAAAGAAAUGGUGUAUCUCGUUUAAUUAAAAUAUUAAAAAGAGGUAUUGAAUAAUUGCAUAAAUUAGAAGAUGAAUAUAGUCCAUUAAAAUAAGAUGAAGAAUCACAAGAAACUAAUAAUUUUUCUCAUUUUCUAAGUUAAGCAAGAUAUGAAAAUUCAAGUAGAGAUUCAUGUAAAGAGAUAUAUAAAUUAAUGAGAUAACAAUAUGAUAAAGUAAUUUAAUUAUAUUAUUAUAUAAGUUUUGUGUAGAUUAUUUCAUGAUUGAUUUAAUUUGGUCUGAAAUAAAACAUUCUAAUGAAUUAAGUUAUUUAUAGUUUCUUAAGUGUAUUUAAGAUAUGCAUAAAUAAGAUUUAUUAUGGUUUGAUGAAUAAGGUAAAAAAGUUUAUUUGAUAUGA